GCUUUGACACAUGUGAUGGUGUUCACGUACUCAGACUCUCCCCUUUCAUCUGACAUCAAGUGCGCGGGCGGCACUUCUGCUACACUAGACUCGAUGGCAGAAUAUCAGGGAAAUCAGGCUGCCGAACAGCCCUCCGAAGACCAAACUAACAGAAAUGCUCAGCACAGGUGUCCAGAUGAGACUAGUGGACGCAUGGAGCUGCCCAAAGAGCUCAGGAAUCCCCGCAGUAACCGGGCAAAAUCUAAAGAGCGCAAACGACUAAACACUCACAAACUAGUCUUGCAAUACGUAGUCCCGUGCAUGAACUCCUACGGUUUGUGUAUAGUUGAUAAUUUUCUAGGGGACAGGAUCGGAGAGCGCGUUGUGCAGGAGGUGAAGCGCAUUCACCACAGUGGCAACAUGCAGGAUGGGCAGCUGGUGAGCCAAAAACUAAACAAAAGCAAAGCUAUUCGAGGGGACAAGAUUGCAUGGGUCGAUGGCACCGAAAGCAACUGCCAAAACAUUGGCUAUCUGUUGACCCGAAUGGACAAGAUCAUCACGUGUGCAGACGGCAAACUGGACAAGUUCAAAAUCAGGGGAAGACAUAAGGCAAUGGUGGCUUGUUAUCCAGGAAAUGGAGCAGGAUAUGUGAAACAUGUAGAUAACCCUAACGCAGAUGGCCGCUGCGUCACCUGUAUUUACUAUCUGAAUAAAAACUGGAGUGCAAAGGAGCAUGGUGGAUUGCUAAGGAUCUUUCCUGAAGGAAAACCUUACGUAGCCGACAUCGAGCCUUUGUUUGAUCGACUUCUGCUUUUCUGGUCAGAUCGCAGGAACCCUCAUGAAGUUCAACCAUCGUAUGCUACAAGGUAUGCAAUCACUGUGUGGUACUUUGAUUCAGAAGAAAGAGCUGAAGCAAAAAGAAAAUUCAGAGAUUUGACAGCCAACUCACAGGAAGGUUCAACUUCUUAACAGAAAUACACUGGCCUGUCUCCUCCAAGGGGAUUUCUUUUGUCUACUGUCUUAUUUCUUUGCUUUUUUUUUUUUUUUGUUAAUUUUUAAUUUUUACAUUGCUUGUUGCACUAAUGGUACCUAUCCCCCCACUUUGUAUUUGUGAUUUACCACGUCCGAAGCCGGUCCUUAAAAUAAGUGAAGAGUUGUUUGAAUAAGCCGCUGCUAAUGUAAAGACAAUUUUGAGAAAAAUGUGAGAAUCAUAAGACUGAUUAAUGCAUUAUUAGAUGUUUAUUGUAAUUCUUCUUUUAAAAAAAAUCUUCCAGAGCUAUAUUGUCUAAAUGUGUAAAGAGAAAAACAAAAAGGAAUAGAAAAGAGAGAGAUAUAUAUAUAUAUGUAUAUAUAUAACACUAGUUGUUUGUUUCAGAACUAUAUCACCAAGCGUUAUAAAUAUGUUCUUUUCAUGCUUGUCCCUUUUUGUUAUGCUAUUAUUUUCUGUUUUGGCACAUAUUUUAUCAUUCUAUGCGCAGUUUAAGAACACUUCAGUAGAAAGGAAAUCUGAAACUUGUCAGUUGACUUGAAGUUGUGUAUAUAUAGAUGCUUUGUUAUUUUUGAACGACAGUUUGAUGUUGAAUGAGACUCUUUUGAAUAGAGAUGUUUAUAAAAGUCCUUCUGUACUGUGUUCACAAACGUUUAAAAAGCACUUAGUCAGAUGAUAUUGUUUAUUUGUUCAAUCCCAGUGUGUGUUAGUGUUUAAUGAGAGAAUUGAAUCAGCUUGCAUGCAGGUCAGCAACGCUGCUCAACCACACCCUUGGAUCAAUAUCAUUUGACAGUUGUUUCAUAACAUUUUGAGCUUUAUAAAAUGUUUCUUUCACAAAAGUUGUUCUGGACAAAGAAAUCUCAGAAUGUAUGACCAGGUUGGUUCAUGUACUGUACACAAAUUGAGAUUUACAUCUAUUUGAAAAUGGCCAAAUUAAACAAUGUGUUGAAUUGUUUUUAACUGUUUAUAUUGAAUUGUUUUGUUUCAGUAAUAAAGUUUUUCCUUUGGCCAUAAUUUA